AUGGGGACCGAGAAAGAUGCCCUACCUGCUCAUAUACUUGAGGAACUGCGGAUCUUUAACAAUGAACCUAUUGUGCCUGAAAGCGGUCGUCAGGUACCCAUUGUCAUAGUUGAUAACAGUGACAAGCAUGAGGAUGUCAAGGGAACUACGGUCGCUCCUGUAGACAGAAUCUCCAAAGAUAACAAGCUGGAGCUAUUGCUACGUCUUCAUAGCUCCUUGAUCGGGAAAGAUAAAAUUGCCAAGACCGUGUUGCAUGCAUUAUAUUUGUUUCAUGCCUUGCUUCGACAGUUCCACAAUGAGAAGACGCUAAUACAACGCUGGUCAGUGAUAAUAUCGAGAUACUUGAUGAGUCAGAUUAGGGUGUUGGGUCCACAGCUAUCUAUUUUCAGGUAUAGCCUGAGAUUUGGAAAUGGACCCUUUCAUCUUUGGCAAUUGAUGAGCUUUAUAAUUUCUGAAUAUACGUCGACUACUACUGCUACAACAACUACAACCUCAUCUUUAUGGAGGAGGAGUGUGCCCUGGAGACAAUUGAUUGAUACCUGUUUUACUUUGUGUGAUGAAAUGAUUCUCUUUUAUAAACUUGGUGUGUGGUCCAAUACUAAGGUUUACAGAUUUGUUAGGGGUCAGCGAAUGUUUUCUCUUCAUUGCAACAUACUUAUGAAUAUAUUUAACGUUACUAAGAAAAUACGAUGCACGAGGAGAAAGAUUACUGAACUAGAGGUCGAAUUAGAAUUGAAGAAGUCGAUUACAGAUUUCUCUACCGAGAUACAUUCUCCUCCCUACGAUGAUCAACGAGCGACUGUUGAUAAAGAGCAAGUAAUGCAAGCAGAAUUAAUAACACUACAUGAACGCAAAAGGACUGAAGCAUAUGAAUUGCUGCGACUGCUUUUGGAUGGGAUAGUCAAUUCCAUCAUCAUAUCUAGGAUUAAGCCUUCAAGCGCCGCCAUAUGUAAUGUGAUCCAUUUAGCGUCAGGAAUCCUGGGGCUUCACAAAGUAUGGCAUCUGACUCUGGAACAGGGACAGCAUUCCAUCGAUAAGAUAUCCAAGUGA